AUCCUCCUCUAGUACAUUAGAAAAGAAUAUCAUUCACUCCAUAUAUAUCCGAGUAAGCAUGAUUCCAUUUGAAUUGAAAGCCCUAAUUUCAUAAAAAUGCUCUUUUUUUAAAUAAAAAAAAUUCAAUUUGCAAAAACCCUAAUUUCCGAAAGUGAAACUUAAAUAUUACCUUGAGUAGCUAAAAUAGACAAAGAACUAGAGUUUGUACUGAAAUGUAACCAAAAGCCCAAUUCAUAAGUUUUGAAGACUAAUUUUAAGACUUUUGGCUAAUUGUCUUUGAAGUUUGAUAAAAGGGUGUACGUAAUUGCAGAAAAAUCAAGUGGAAGAUGUAAGAAAACAGGGAGAAAUCGAGUGUAGAUCCCACAAAAGGGACGAAAUCAUUGUGUAUAAAAUUUGCAGAUAAGAAACGUAGUUAAAUAAAAAUAAUAAUUAGAGAAGAUAGUUUAUAGAAAAGGUAGUUUAAACCAAAUUAUCCUCAAAUUUUCUUUCAUAAUUCAUUUUCAUCUUUCUAACCCGUGAACCAUUGUGUUCAUGGGCGGGUCCAUAGCAACAUCACACUUCGAAUGGCUACCCACCACCACCUUCACCUUAAUCUUCACUUUUGCAGCCAUUACUGCUUAUUACUUACUGGUGAAGAAAUGGCAAGCCGUGGAAUCAAAAGUUCGAGACCUGGAGAUAUCCCUUAGAGCUUCUCUUGAUAAAUGUGCCGCUGAACGACAAGGCCGCAUUAAAGCUCAACAGGGUUUGAGAAAAGCAUUGCUGCAACAGAAGCAAGAUGAUCUGGUGCCAACAUCUUAUCCCAUAAUUCCAAUUGGUACAGUCCAAUCUUGCUUUUCGACCAGGAACGGCACUCCCAGACAACCUUUGUUGGUGCCACUUGCUCGAGCAUGUUUGAUGUUUGACCCGAUGAGGGUUCCUCCGACAUCCUUGGAAGGUCUUGAAGAGUAUUCUCAUAUUUGGAUCAUAUACAUAUUCCAUUUAAAUACCGAUUUGGAUAAGUUAUGGUUAGAACCUUCCAGAUCAAAGAUCAAGGCCAAGGUGAGGGUACCAAGACUAAAAGGUGGAAAAAAGGGAGUAUUUGCAACAAGAACCCCCCAUCGCCCGUGUCCUAUUGGUUUAACGGUUGCUAAGGUUGAGGCAGUUCAAGGGCACAUGAUUUUACUUUCUGGUGUGGAUUUGGUUGAUGGGACACCAGUCCUUGAUGUGAAGCCUUAUCUUCCAUAUUGCGACAGUAUCCAAAAAUCGAAGGUGCCAGAAUGGGUUAAGGAAGACAACUUGUUAACUGUAGCUUCUGUUACCUUCUCUGACGGUUUUCACUCGGCUCUUGCAAUUUGUUGGGAGUUAGUGGAAAAAAGUAGUUUGUAUUCAUCACCUGGUGAGGUGAAGAAAUUGAUUGAGCAGGUUCUUUCAUGGGACAUACGAUCAUCAUCACAGAGACAUCGGCCUCAUAAAACCCUACUGACCGCAGGAAACAUUGAAGAAGUUGAUGUUUCUCCAUAUGCAGAAUACUGUGAAGGUGAAGAAGCCUUUGAUCUUGUAACCAAAAACUGUGAUCCUAGUCUUGUGGUUUAUCAUCUUAUUUUGGAAGGCUUAGACAUAUCUUAUAUAAUGGAUUGUAAAGGCGAUGUUGUUGUAGACAGUGUAUCGCCCGUUUCCAGUCUUCCUGGAGGUAAUCGAAGUAGAUGCAAUUACACUAUAUGGAAGGACAAACUUGCAUAAUUAGCUCAUUGUAAUGAUAUUAAUCAGGUUUUCUUUUAAGUUUCUCUCACUAGCUUUUAUAAGCCGACACUUUUUGAUGCUACAUGGGCACAUGGCAUCGUCGAAAUCAACAUAAAGGAAUAUGAAGUAAUCUAGAUAGUCAAUUUACGUGAA